GAUUCUUCCCCAUGAGAGCUUAUUGAACGGAGGAACACUAGAUCUUGUCUGUCGUCACGUCAGUAACAUAGUAUCAGAUCGAUGAAGUAACUACCGGCCACAACUGUUUACAGCACCAUAAUCCGAUGAGAUCAACAUGCACUUAAAUUAAUAUAUCGGUUCAAUUUUCGGUUUAUGGUAGAAAAUUCGAAAAGCGGUUAAAUAACGAAUAUAUUAAAAACCACCUUGGCAAUUAACGCGAUUCCAGCUCUUGUGUUUUACCUACCAUUUAUUAUUACCGCCCCUCUCGCCUUAAGAAAUGGAUGUCGUAGGAACAUAACUUUGCAAAAGGGGAGGGGGGAACAUUAGGGUUAGGGCUGCAGAGAGAGAAGCAGAGGAAGGAGAGGAUUCGAAAGAGAAUCGAACCCCAACUCUGUAUAUUUCCUCUGUUCCUCUCCCCCGAUGGGGCUUCAAUCUUUUCCCAUCUCUGAAAUGGACACAACCGACGACAUGCACGAAGCGAUGUUCGCGAAACGAGGUUGCUGUUUCUUCCUCCCAUCAUGUCUCGGAUCACCUCAGCCGUCUAGUCACGGAGGAUCCGUAUGGUGGCAGCGAAUCAGAACCGUGGAUAAACUCGAGCCCGACGACCGUUGGUGGAUCUCCGGGUGGAACAAGAUGAGGGAAUGGUCCGAAAUCUUGGCCGGUCCGAAGUGGAAAACGUUCAUCCGACGCGUCGGCCGGAGUCAAUGCUGCGGCGGUGGCUCCGGAGACGGCGGUGGUAAUAGGCCGGAUCAGGUUGGUUUCCGGUACGAUUCUUGGAGCUACUCGUUGAAUUUUGAUGAUGGUGAGCAGACGGGUCGUUUCGACGACGAGUUUCCUUACCGUGAUUACUCGAUGAGGUUCACGUCGCCGUCUCUGCCGGUCUCCACCAAAUGCUCCAUUGAUUUCGACAACGAGAACUACGCGCCGCCGCAGCUGAUUAAGUGAAAGCCACGCGCUUCUCUGUUUUUGUUUUGUUUUCGUGGUACGGAUGGAUUCUAACGUGCGAUGCACCGAUGAAAGACGUGACAUUUUAGAAGAAAUAUUCGAUGAAGAAUUAAUUUUUACAUAUUUUGAUUUUUUGUAAUAUUUUUUUCUUUUCACUUCGAAUAAAAUUUGCAUUUGAUCGAUAGUUU